AUGAGUACUAAUAAUAAUAAAGCACCAACAUCACAAUCAAGUGAUAAAAGUGCGACAACAGAAUCAAAGUUAAAUGAUAAUGAAAAUACAGAAACAGAAACCAAAACAGAUGAAAACAAUGAAGAAAAACCAAAGAUGACAUUGAAACCACCACAACCAAAAAUUGAAAAUAAGGUAUCAACCAUUGAUAGAGUUGUACCAAGUGUAAAAUAUCCAAAAUCUUUACCUCUUCCACAUGAUGUUUUAUUCAAUGAAGAUAAAACUAUAAAUUUACCAAAGUUACAAGAACAUUUCUUUGCAGAAGGUAGAUUAAAUCAUGACGAUGUUAUUGAAAUCGUUAAAAUGGCAGCUGAAAUUUUAGAAAAAGAACCAACUUUAAUUCAAGUUGAAGCACCAAUUACAGUAUGUGGUGAUACUCAUGGUCAAUUUUAUGAUUUAAUUAAAAUAUUUGAAAAUGAUAUUGGUGGUAACCCAGCAAAUACAAAUUAUUUGUUUUUAGGUGAUUAUGUUGACAGAGGUUAUUUUUCAAUGGAAGUCAUCAUUUAUCUCUAUGCUUGUAAAAUUAAUUAUCCAAAUACUUUCUUCCUCUUGAGAGGUAAUCACGAAUGUAGACAUUUAACAGAAUAUUUCACUUUUAAAGAAGAAUGUUUACAUAAAUAUUCAGAAGAAGUUUAUGAUUUCAUUACAGAAUCAUUCAAUGCAUUACCAUUAGCAGCUUUAAUGAAUGGUAAAUUCCUUUGUAUUCAUGGUGGUUUAUCACCUGAUAUUAAAACUUUAGAUGAUAUUGCAAAUAUUGAUAGAUUUAAAGAACCACCAUCAUCAGGACCAAUGUGUGAUUUAUUAUGGUCAGACCCAAUGGAAGAGUUUUCACCAGAGAUUAGAGAACAUUUUGUACCAAAUGAUGUUAGAGGUUGUUCAUAUUUAUAUAGUUAUAGAGCAGUUUGUUCAUUCCUUCAAAAGAAUAAGUUAUUAUCAGUGAUUAGAGCACAUGAAGCACAGAAUGCAGGUUAUAAAAUGCAUUUACAAAAUGAUGCAACCGGAUUCCCAUCAGUGAUAACAUUAUUCUCUGCACCAAAUUAUUUGGACGCCUACAACAACAAGGGUGCAGUAUUACGUUAUGAAAACAAUGUUAUGAACAUUCGUCAAUUCACCUGUUCACCUCAUCCUUAUUGGUUACCAAAUUUCAUGGAUGUUUUCACUUGGUCAAUGCCAUUCGUUUCAGAGAAAGUAGCAGAGAUGUUAUUGGUUCUCUUGAAUCUUUGCAAUGAUGAAGAGGCUGAAAAGAAUGAAAAUGCUCAAACCGUUAAAGACACCUCUGAAGAGGAGAAAAGAAGACAAAUGCUUCGUGCCAAAGUUAAAUCUGUUAGUAAAAUGAUGAGAAUGUUCUCUUUGUUAAGACAAGAGCGUGAAACCAUCAUGAUGAUCAAAUCAUUCUCUCCCUCUAGAAAGAUUCCUCAAGGUUUAUUAACCGAGGGUAAAGACGCCUUGAAAAAGGCUUUAGGUGACUUUGCUCAAGCUCGUAAAAUGGAUCUAAUCAAUGAAAAACGUCCACCAAUCUUGGAUAGAGUAAACUCUCGUGGUGAAUUGCUAAGAAUGAAUAGUCGUGGUGAAUUAUUUAGAAUUAACUCUAAAGGUGAUCUUUUCCGUAGUAAUAGUUAUGCUGAUUUAAAACCACCACAAGGUCCACAAGAAACUAUUAAAAUCACUGAAUGUCAUGAACAAAACAUCACUACUAAUAAUAUUAAUCCAAAUUCAAUAACUACAAAUGAAAAUAAUUCAAAUGAACAAUUACAACAACAACAACAACAGCAACAACAACAACAACCACCAACUACUACUUCAACAACAACCCAAACUGAAGUUGCUAAAUAA